AUGAAUACUGCCACGCACCACAGUCUUACUGGCAGCAACCUGGCAACCACUUGCGACACAGCUGGAGGGACUCACGACAUCACUUAUCAACUCCCGACAACGCCAGGGGGUGAUGUAGAUCCAAGGCUAGAUUUCUCCUUCGAUCCAUCACCCACGACUUGCACCACGGGCUGGGAAGAGAGCAUGACUGCUCUGUCUGAUGACUGGUUUGACGCUGCUACUGGCAAUUUUUACCCCAGUCCGAGCGAGACGACCAGCUCCGAACCAACGGACAUCGACGACAACUGGGUCCCUCAGGACGUCUACAAGAUAGGCUUUCAAGAUGAGAAUGGUGACUGGCGGUGCAGCUACGCUGGAUGCCGAUCCCUCGCUGUGUUUGAGCGUGCCUGCGACCUUCGCAAGCACCAUUCAACACACACCAAGACUCUCUUCUGUCCGCGCCCCGAAUGUGCGUCAUCCAUGAUUGGAUUCGCAUACCCCAAGGACUAUAGGCGUCAUCUUCGCUCUCACAAACCAAGCAUUCCAUGCCCCUACGCAUUAUGUGGCAGGCUAUUCAGCCGGACGGAUAACAUGAGAAGCCACUUCAGCAAAAUACAUGUGCGCAAGAGAAACACUCUGUUUUCUCGACCAUGCCGAAACCGGAGCAAGGGUCGUGUACACAUGCAGUCCUCUGAGAGCUACCCGCAGGCGUCAAGCCAGACUUUCGACCCAGAACAAACGGCCGGAGGUGACCUACUGUCUCAAAGUCUUGAGCUCGCAAGUCCAAGCCUGGAUGACAAUUUGUAG